AUGCCCUCUCUGCCUCAGCCCGACCUGCCGGCGCCAGCGCACCCAACUGUCGAUUCGAUGCUGAGUCGCAAGUUUGGAAAGGAGGUUGCCAAUUAUUUCUCCGGCUCCCCGUUAAACCGUGUGUCUUUCCUUCGCAAUGAUCACACUUUUCUCUCCUCUGCUCUGAAACACCCUUCGUCCAUCUUCCUUGCCUUCAAUGGCGUCGAGCCCCUCCUGAAUUCGCCUUCGGAAUUUGCCCGUUUGUCCUUUGAGGAUGUCAAGCCUGUGAUUGGAGAGAAUCCAUUCGAGCGGCCCGAGGAGGAUAUGAUUGCGCAGUAUAACUCGUCCUUGUACUUGCCGCAAAUCAUCUUUUUGGGGCUGGAUGAGCGGAAAGACGGACUGGUCUACAGGGAGCAUUACAAGGGACAGCCGUGGUUUGCGGUGGAUGUCACGCCAAAGGAGAGUGUGAAGGAGGCCGCCGAGAAGGUGGUGGAAAAGCUGACGAGCAGAGGGUUUGAGUUUAGCAAAUCGAUGAGACAGAUGCAUUUAGUUGCUGAAGAAGCCGCCAUCUACGCCGAAGCCCGCCACCUCCUCGACUGGAACGCCCGCAACCCUUUCUGCGCCUCGUGCGGCUACAAAACCCUCUCCGUAAACGCCGGCUUCAAACGCACCUGCCCGCCCAAAGACAUCGCCUCGGCCGUCUCCAACGCCGGCGAGCGUCCCCCCUGCGCAACCCGCACCGGCAUCUCCAACCUCUGCUUCCCACGCACAGACCCCACCGUCAUCAUGGCCGUCGUCUCCGCAGACGGCCAACGCAUGCUGCUCGGACGGCAAAAGCGCUGGCCCCCCUACUGGUACAGCACGCUCGCCGGCUUCCUCGAGCCCGCCGAGUCGGUCGAGGAAGCCGUGCGCCGCGAGGUCUGGGAGGAAUCGGGAAUCCACCUCGGUAGAGUGGUGAUUCAUUCGACCCAGCCUUGGCCGUUUCCUGCAAACCUCAUGAUUGGCGCGAUUGGCCAGGCGCUGCCGACGGGUGAGACUGUUCAUCUGGGACAUGAUGCCGAGCUUGAGGAUGCACGCUGGUUUAGCGCGGAGGAGGUCAGGGAGGGGCUGAGGGUGGGAACGAGUGCGUUGGGAGAGGCUGCUGGGCCCAAGUAUAAGGAGGGGGGGUUGAGGUUGCCGCCUUCGACGGCGAUUGCGAAUCAGCUCAUUACUGCGAUUAUGAAUGGGUUCGCUAGUGGUACGCCUAUGAUUUGA